ACACCAUUGCUACGAGCCUUAGAGCUCAGAGACCACUCUCUCGUGGUUUUGCUUCUAGACCAUGGUGCCGAUAUCGAAUCGCAAGAUCUGUACGAUCGGACAGGAUUGAUUAUCUCCUCAGAGCUUGGAGACAGCGCCCUCAUGGUUUUACUUCUCCAGCAAAACGCCAAUGUCGAAGCGCGAGAUCAUUUAGAUCGAACACCAUUGCUUAUAGCGUCACGGCGUGGGCACCACUCUCUUGUUCGUUUACUCCUCCAGCGGGGCGCCAAUGUGAACGCUAUGGAUAGCGAAGGCCGAUUUCCCUUGAUGCUCGCGCUGGCGCACGAAAACUACAAGAUUGCCCAAUUGCUCAUCGACUACCACGCUGAUGUCAACCAGCGAACGAGG